GGUGCUCCCAAUGAUUUGUAAUAUGGCAGAACCCCUCGUCUUUCUUUAUUACACUUUUACAAAUGACAGAAACCGUAAAGACAACUUCAACACAUUCUGGUGUGCUUCCUAUUGGAAAGGAUGGAAAGCCAUUAAAACCAUGCUGUGCUUGUCCCGAAACCAAAAAAGUUCGAGAUCAGUGUAUUUUUGAAAAGGGAGAAGAGAACUGUCAGGAGCUUAUUCAAGCUCACCUCACUUGCAUGCGCAAUUUGGGCUUCAAGAUUUAAACUAUGUAUAAUAUCAUUUAUUCCCCCAUAACUUCUCUUCUUUUUAUUGCUAAAUAGCAGCAUUCAAACAAUAAAUAGAAUGUUUUCUGUACACAUUUCUCUUUAACUAAAAGACUCUACAAUGUUCGUACUUUUAAUUCAGAC